AAUGUAUUUCUCAGUUUUCCGAACUCGGGUCACACUGCGUUCGACAUAUAACUUUUAAAAGUUUGUAAACUUUUUUAUUCACAUUGCCACAAAAACGCAUAGGUCGUGCGUUUUUACUCUCACUUUUAUAAGCCAACACUGUCUGAGUGGCUCGGGCACAAACUAGACUAAAGUGUAUCUUCUAUUGUAGAGACACAGCUGAGCAGCAACAACCAACAUGUCCGGAAUUAUGCGUGCGCCAUCGAUUUUGGCCAAAAAUGCAUUCGCCUCAAUGCAACGUGUGGCAACAGUGGCUGCCGCAGCGACGCAGCAGCAUCGCGGCUAUCAUAUAACGCCCGGGCAACAGCAGUCCAAAUCAGCGAAUCCCGAUGCCAUCUCCAAGCAAUAUCCGAUUGUAGAUCAUGCAUACGAUGCGAUUGUUGUCGGGGCCGGCGGCUCGGGACUGCGCGCUGCCUUUGGCCUGGUCGCUGAAGGAUUCCGCACAGCAGUAAUUACGAAAUUGUUUCCCACACGCUCCCACACGAUUGCUGCUCAGGGUGGCAUUAAUGCUGCGCUUGGCAAUAUGGAGGAGGAUGACUGGAAGUGGCACAUGUACGAUACGGUCAAGGGCAGCGAUUGGCUGGGCGACCAGGAUGCCAUACAUUAUAUGACACGCGAGGCACCCAAGGCUGUCAUUGAGCUGGAGAACUAUGGCAUGCCCUUCUCUCGCACCCAGGACGGCAAGAUCUAUCAGCGCGCCUUUGGUGGCCAGAGUCUGAAGUUUGGCAAGGGCGGUCAGGCUCACAGAUGUUGCGCUGUUGCGGAUCGUACCGGUCACUCGCUGCUACACACCCUGUACGGUCAGUCGUUGAGCUACGAUUGCAAUUACUUUGUCGAGUACUUUGCCCUGGAUCUGAUCUUCGAAGAUGGCGAGUGCCGUGGCGUGCUGGCCAUUAAUUUGGAAGAUGGCAGCCUUCAUCGUUUCCGUGCACGGAAUACGGUUGUGGCCACCGGUGGUUAUGGACGCGCCUUCUUUUCCUGCACCUCGGCGCAUACGUGCACUGGCGAUGGUACCGCAUUGGUGGCACGUCAGGGCCUGCCCUCAGAGGAUUUAGAGUUUGUUCAGUUCCACCCGACGGGUAUCUAUGGUGCCGGCUGUCUUAUAACUGAGGGCUGCCGCGGCGAGGGUGGCUAUCUGAUCAAUUCUAAGGGCGAACGUUUCAUGGAGCGCUAUGCGCCUGUCGCCAAGGAUUUGGCUUCUCGCGAUGUUGUCUCCCGCUCCAUUACCAUUGAAGUCAUGGAGGGCCGUGGUGUUGGACCCGAAAAAGAUCAUGUAUUUCUACAGCUGCAUCAUUUGCCGCCCAAACAGCUGGCUGAACGUCUACCCGGCAUUUCAGAAACUGCUAUGAUUUUCGCCGGCGUCGAUGUGACCCGCGAGCCCAUCCCCGUGUUGCCCACCGUGCACUACAACAUGGGUGGUAUUCCCACUAAUUAUCGCGGCCAGGUGCUCACCAUUGACAGUAACGGCAAAGACAAGAUUGUGCCCGGUCUCUAUGCGGCCGGUGAGGCAGCCUGUAGCUCGGUGCAUGGCGCUAAUCGCUUAGGCGCCAACUCUCUGCUGGAUCUGGUGGUCUUUGGCCGUGCCUGCGCUAAGACCAUUGCUGAGGAAAACAAACCUGGUGCGCCAGCGCCCGAGCUGAAGGAUAAUGCUGGGGAGUUCUCUGUGGCUAAUUUGGAUAAACUGCGCCAUGCAAAUGGUAGUAUAACCACUGCUGAUCUGCGUCUGAAGAUGCAGCGUUGCAUGCAAAACCAUGCUGCUGUAUUCCGCGAUGGUCCCAUCUUGAAGAAGGGCGUUAGCGAAAUGAAGGAGAUUUACAAACAGUUCAAGGACGUCAAAGUUAUUGACAAAUCACUUGUGUGGAACUCUGACCUGAUUGAGACACUGGAGCUGCAGAAUCUGCUGGCCAAUGCUCAGAUGACUAUUGUCGGAGCCGAAGCGCGCAAAGAAUCACGCGGUGCCCACGCACGCGAAGAUUUCAAGCAGCGUAUCGAUGAAUAUGACUAUAGCAAGCCCUUGGAGUCGCAGCAGAAGAAGCCCAUCGAGGAGCAUUGGCGUAAGCACACGCUCGCCUGGGUGUGUAACGAUGAUGGCGAUGUAGACCUUAAAUACAGACCAGUUAUCGAUGAGACGCUGGACAAGGAGGUCGAGACGGUACCACCAGCAAUUCGCUCCUAUUAGAAGACACAAAAACCUACAUACACACACACACACUCGAACAGAAAAUAAACACACACUCGCAUGUUUACUUAACAGUUAGCAAGCAAAUUGUGAAAAAAAAUUCGAUAGUCGCAAAUGUGAAAAAUUUUCUGCCAAUUUUUUA